ACAAUAGACAAAUCUAUGACAUAUGCGGCUUUUAAAGGGAUUCCAUAUGCGAAACCUCCUGUCAAUCAUUUAAGAUUCCAGCCUCCUGAGGAAACAGAGUCAUGGGAAGAUGUUUUAAAUGCUACCACAGAAGGAAGUAUGUGUAUUCAAUACAAUAGCACAAGUUCGACGGUUGUUGGUUCGGAAGAUUGCUUGUAUCUUAAUGUUUUCACCCCUCAUAUCCAAUUCCACCAUCAACAAGCAAAGCCAGUGAUGGUUUGGAUUCACGGAGGUGCAUACAGAACUGGUAAUUCUAACGCUUCCUACUAUGGACCAGAUUUUCUUCUUGAAGAAGACGUUAUUGUCGUGUCCAUGAAUUAUCGUCUAGAUGCCUUAGGAUUCUUAAGUUUGAAUCAUGAAAAUGCUACUGGGAACUGUGGACUCAAAGAUCAAAAUUUAGCUCUCAAAUGGGUCCAGAAAAAUAUCGCUAAUUUUGGAGGAGAUCCAAAACAAGUAACGAUUUUCGGUCAAAAUGCCGGAUCAGUUGCCGUAGAUCUCCAUAUACUUUCAAAUAUGUCUUCUGGUUUGUUCAAACAAUCGAUUGGUAUGAGUGGUUCAACACUGUGCCUUUACUGGGGUAUUGAAAGUGCAUCAGAAGCUGAGAAAAAUGCUUUCAUUCUUGGAACCAAACUUGGCGAAGUUACAAGCAACAAAAACGAACUGCUUCAAGUUCUUUACAAAGCAUCGGCUCACGAUAUCGUUAGAGCAUCAAAUGUAAUCCCAUUGAUGCCUUUUAGACCGAUAGUUGAAGACAAUUCGGUCGCCAAACAUCAAGAAAAAUUCUUGACACAGUGUUCUAUGAUUAAAUAUACACUGGGCAACUAUAAUAAAGGACCUCAUUUGAUGGGCUUUACUGCAGUUGAAACUUCAACUUUUGGUGAAGUUACAACACUAUUAGAUAUGGUCAAUACUGCUUUGAAAAUGGUGAAGAUUGGUAAACUAGAUAUUUAUUUGCCACUUUUAACCCAGAUUGCGAAAUUGAAAUUUUCUGAAAUUUCAAAUUUAUCGGAAACCGUAAUAAAUCAGCUGCUUAAGGACACAUCAGACAUAUUUUUUACCGCUGGUAUAGAUAUGAAGCAACGGAUAAUGCUAGAUCAUAAUAAUUACCCUAUUUAUUAUUACCGCUAUACUUUUGAUCCUCAAUUUUCAGCUCAUAAAACCGAAGGUGUACGUAUGAAAGGAGCUGGACACGGAGACGAAUUGUCUUACAUAUUUUAUAGACCUCACAUACAACUUCCUCUUGAAGAACCUACCAUAAAAAUAACAAGACAAAGAAUGACUCGUAUGUGGACAAACUUUGCUAAAUAUAGUAAUCCGACUCCAAAUAGUACGUCUGAUUUGUUAGGUAUAGUAUGGCCAGACUCGAAGGUUUGGGGAAAACAUUUGGAAAUUAGUGAAGGUCUUUACGUAAAGUUGAAACGCCCCACAGAUACAUUUUUUAAAAUUUACCAAUAUGCUGGACUUGGAAACUCUCAUAUUUUGAAUUACUGUAAGACAAUGACAAGACCUGUUUCUAGUUAUGUAAUGAAUAGUACAGAUAGAAUACCCGACGAUAUAAACGAGAAACUAAUUAGGAAAUUAAGGGAAAAGGUCUUCUCUUUUCAUAGGAGGGCAUUCAUUCCAAGACUAGGCUAA